CUCGUCCUCUCCUCCUCUCCUCCUCUCCUCCUGUUGUUUUCUUUCAGGAGCCAAUCAAAGCGCGGCAGUUACCUGCGCUGCUCUACCUGCGCGGCCAGGUGAGAGGAGAGGUGCGCGCUGCCGCUCGCUGCCGCCGCUCCAGGUGUUGGAUGGAUGCGAAGGAGGUGCGGGACGGGCGGUGUGAACUGACGGCAGGCCGGGCAGGAGGAGGUCUGUCCCCGCGUCCUGCCGCCGCCGCUCCCCGCUCUGAGCUGCCGGUUUCUCCGCUCGGCUCACAAAGUGCAGAAACGCGCAGCAGCUGAAGGCGAAUAUGAAAGUAACUGGAGAUGAAAAUUAAGAUUAGAGCAGCUUUCAAAUGAUCCUGCAGGCUUCCGUCUCGAUGUCGUAGCGCGUCUCAGAGGCGGCAGGUCCGUUUAAAGACGUCUGAUCAAACAUGUCUGACAAAAAGUCUGCUUUUAUUGACCUUCACACACAGAUUACACAACUGCAGGCCUGAAUGUUCACCACAGCUUAUAUAAGCGCACAUUUCCCGGCGGAUUCUGUCACUGAUCAUUUCCUGAUCACAGGUAUCGAUGAGUGGUCGAUGACCGAUGAGGCCUGUGUUUGAGGAAACAGAACCAAGAAAAGUUUAGUAUUUAACAUCAGAAAGUUGUUUUGUUCUGUGUGUGUGUGUGUGUGUGUGUGUGUGUGUCCGCCCUCCUCCUCCUCCUCCUCCUCCUCUGUCACACCAGCAGAGUCGCUCCGCACAUCAGAGAUCAGGCGGACGGGGACGCGGGGCGGCGGGUGCGCUCGGUGCACGCUCUCCAACAAAACAAACAAACUAAAAAACAAAAAAGAAAGUGUGGGGACUUUUGCUCAUCUGACUUUUAUUUUUGCUAAAGUUGUCCAAAGUGCUGAGCAGAGGAUCUGCUUCUGGAUUUACUUUGUGUGUGCUGGUUGUCAGGGAGCGGGGAGGAGCAGCGGAGCGGAGCAGGAGCCCAUGCGGACUGGACUGACUUAUCAAUGAAGCAGGAGAUCAUGGCGGAGGGUCCCCGCUGCAAGAGGCGAAAACAGGCCAACCCCCGGAGGAAGAACGUGCUGAACUAUGACAAUGUGGUGGAGACGAGUUCAGAGACAGACGAGGACAACAGCCUCACUAAUGGAGGAGGAGGAGGAGGAGGAGGGGAGGAUGAAGAGCUGGGCAGUCCAGCCGGUGUGCCCACGCUGGAGGCGUCACCCCGGGUGGCCUACGCCCUGCUGUCCUCAGAGGGCUCAGAUGGCCGAGAGGGACUCCAGAACCACCAUGGCUGGAGACCAGGAGACGACACCGGCGGACACUUGAACGGCGCAGAUGACAGGAAGGACGAGUAUGAACCUCUGGGUCCGGAGGCGUCUCUGCACGCUGUGGGAAACGGUACAGUGAAGCAUCUGGAAGGCGUCCCUGAGCUCAAAGAGUACUUCCUGAAACGCAAACUGGAGGAAGGCGACGGUCACCCGGCAACCAUCGCCGAGUACCUGCAGCGCAGUGACACUGCCAUCAUUUACCCAGAAGCCCCGGAGGAGGUGACGCGACUGGGCACGCCAGAGGCCAUCGGACAGGAGGAGAGCGAGCACGACCUGUUGUCCGGCACCCCUGACGACUUUGCCCAGCUGCUCACCUGUCCAUACUGCGACCGCGGCUACAAGCGCCUGACAUCUCUGAAGGAACACAUCAAAUAUCGGCACGAGAGGAUCGAGGAGAGCUUCGCCUGCCCGCUGUGCGCCGACACCUUCAGCAAUCGCACGCAGCUGGAGCGUCACAUGACCACGCACAAACCCACCAGAGAGCAGAUGAUGAACAGAAGAGGUCCAAGAAUGGAGCCUUGGGGAACUCCUCAAGUCAUUUUUGUUCACUUAGAUGAGCAACAAUCAACACAAACAACCAUUCCACCGCCGCUGCUGAACGAAGGUGCUGGAAACCGCAAGUUCAAGUGCAGCGAAUGUGGAAAAGCCUUCAAAUACAAACAUCACCUGAAGGAGCAUCUUCGUAUUCACAGUGGUGAGAAGCCAUAUGAGUGCUCCAACUGUAAAAAGCGGUUCUCCCACUCUGGCUCCUACAGCUCCCACAUCAGCAGCAAGAAAUGCAUUGGCCUGAUUGCUGUCAACGGACGGGUGCGCAACGGAAACAGCGGCAAGUCUGGCUCCUCCCCCAACUCCGCAACAUCAUCGCCUGGAAGCCCUGCCCUCACCCAGCUUCGCCACAAACUGGAAAAUGGACGACCGCUCGGCCCUCCGGACCAGCAGGGUCAGCUCGACAUCAAAGCCGAGCCAAUGGACUUCAACGAGUACCGGCUGCUGAUGGCCUCUCAGCAUGGGUUUGGGGCGGCGGGGGUCUACCUGAAUGGACGUGGCGGAAGCCCAUUGGGCAUUCACAGCUCCUCCCAGAGUCCCCAUCAACACCUGGGAGGCAUGGGGCUUGACCUCCCCCUGUUGAACUACACAGGGCCUUUCGGGAACAACCUCAGUGAGGUUCAGAAGGUGCUUCAGAUUGUGGACAACACGGUGUGCAGGCAAAAAAUGGAUGGGAACCCAGAGGAGAUCUCCAAGCUCAGGGCCUACAUGAAGGAGCUGGGGGCCCAGAUGGAGGAGCAGAGGCAGUCCAACUUACAGACUGUGGGCCACGGCAACCCCACAAAGAGAAUCAUUGACUAUACACUGGAGAAGGUCAACGAAGCCAAAAGUCUGAUUGAUGACUCCAAGAGACAAGUGGACGUCAAAAAGGAGAAGCCAAACCACUCAAGUGAUCCCAGCAGUGAGGAGAAAUCCCAGGAUGGCCAGAAUCAGUUUCUGUCAUUCUCCUGCCAGUACUGCAAGGAGACAUUUCCCGGGCCCAUCCCUCUGCAUCAACACGAGCGCUACCUGUGCAAAAUGAACGAGGAGAUCAAAGCAGUCCUGCAACCGACCGAGAGCAGUCCCGACAGCCGCAGGGGGGCUGAGCUGUCCAGUAACGAGCGGGCCACCAGCCCCAUCAACCACUUCAAGGACCAUGUGUCUGUGCUCAAAGCCUACUUUGCCAUGAACACUGAGCCCAACUCAGAGGAACUGCUCAAGAUCUCAAUUGCUGUAGGCCUUCCUCAAGAGUUUGUCAAGGAAUGGUUUGCUCAGUGGAAGACCCAAAAGCUCCAUGGAGGCAGUCUGAGGAAAAAAUCACCCCCUCCAGAACAUAGUGGACUGGACAUCAACCACAGUUUGAGCCGGUCACCGAUGUCGCUUCCUGCUGUAGAUUUACAUGGAGGCUUAACUAAUGAUGAUGCUUCCCACAGAUUCACAAAGGCCAACCAGUUUACAGCCAACAGGCAGACAACAGGGGGCAAACCACUAGACCCCUUGGACCACUUGAGGAGCAACACUCCGUCACCUCUCAACCUAUCUUCUACGUCCUCCAAAAACUCUCAGAGUAGCUCUUACACUCCAAACAGCCUAGUUUCUGAGGAUGCACAUGGGGAUAUACCACUGGAUCUGUCCCUGCCCAAACACAUGGUGCAGAAGCUUAUCUCUGCAGUAGAGAAGCGACCGAGGCCCAACGGUUUCAUCACUGAACAUAAUGGCGAGGCUCAUGGACGAGAACAAUCUGGACCCUUAGAUCUCGUCAACAUCAAGAAGGAAGUCCUGGCCUCUGAUGGUGGAGGGAACACCAUCCACCAGCUGGAGAAAAGCACCAGUCCCAUCUUUGGGAUUAAUCCCUUUGCUGGUGGUCCUGUCUACACCUCUCUGCCACCUCACGGAGCGUUUCCUCCACCCACCUUCAUGUCUCCUGCCCAGGCCACCAUUCCAGGCCUCAGGCCCUACCCAGGCCUCGACCCCAUGAGCUUCCUGCCCCACAUGGCCUACACUUACGCCACAGGGGCAGCCACAUUUGCAGAAAUACAACAGAGGAGAAAAUACCAACGGAAAGCAGGUUUCCAGGGGGAGCUGCUGGACGGGACGGCGGACUAUCUGUCAGGCCUGGACGACCUGACAGACAGCGAUUCGCUGCUCUCCAGGAAGAAGAUUAAGAAGACUGAAAGUGGUAUGUACGCGUGUGACUUGUGCGACAAAACAUUCCAGAAGACCAGUUCCCUCCUAAGACACAAAUAUGAGCACACAGGGAAGCGUCCUCACCAGUGUCAGAUCUGUAAGAAGGCCUUCAAACACAAACAUCAUCUCAUCGAACACUCGCGCCUGCACUCCGGAGAGAAACCCUACCAGUGUGACAAGUGCGGGAAGCGCUUCUCUCACUCGGGCUCGUACUCGCAGCACAUGAACCACCGAUACUCCUACUGCAAGAGGGAGGCGGAGGAGCGCGAGGCGGCCGAGAGGGAGGCCAGGGAGAAGGGAGGAGAAGGAGGCGUGGAACCCACAGAGCUGCUGAUGAGGACGGCCUACCUGCAGGGGCUUGGGCCGCUCGGGUACUCGGACCCCGAGGACCAGCAGGAGGACGGUGGUGGUGGUAUGAUCCUGAGGGACGGCAGCGAGGGAAGAGGAUGGGAAGAAAGGGAAGUGGACAAAAUGACGUACGAGGAAGUGACAGACAGACAGGAGGCAAGUUUCAGGGAAGGAGAGGAGGAAGAGGAGGAGGAGGACGACGAAUGCAACAACAAGCGCCAGAUGGACUCAACGAGGGACAACAAGGUCAAAGACAUGACACCGCUUAUGGAUGAGAGUUCACGAGAAGGGAAGACAGACGGCAAGUCAGAGCAGGACAACUGAUCCAGAAAACUGACUUUACAAAGCUUUCAAACCUUUGUCACGUUGGCUCGAUUCAGAAAGAAGAUCCUUUUGUUUUAAGGGACUGUAAACAAAUUAUUAGGGGUGGAAACAAAUUCAAAGUUUUAUUUUUGCUGCACAAGUUUAUUUUAUUUCACCUUUUCCAUGUAAGAUACACAUAAGUCUAUCUUAAAGGUGUGUUCUGCCUGACAACAGUCCUGCUGUCUGCGUCAGGACUUUAUUUAUCCAACUCUCCGAUUAUUAGUUGAAUUGUCAGAUUGUCCUACUUUGAGUUAAUUUUGCAUCAUAACAGAAAGUACAGUAAAGAAAAAUCUGGGCUGAUUUUUUUUCUCAAAACAGAUUAUUCAGUCUUUGACACAUUAUAAAAAUUUUUAUUGUGACAUUUAUAGCCCGAAUAUUUUGAACAGAAAACAUUUAAUGUCUAAAACAACAUCUCGUGCUUGUCAGCUCACUGAUCUGUGAAGCUGUUGCUCACCAUGACUGAACUUGGCUGGAAGCUGCACUGCUACCAUUAGCUAGCGUGCUAGACAGCCUUCCUGUCAAUGUUAAUAGCAUAGCUCAUGCUAACGUUUGUUUGUCUGUAAAUUCUGGUUUCUAGCUGCUAGUUGCUGAACAGUUUUAAUGCUAACCAUGCUGCUAACUGGGUUUGUCUCUGUGUACUUUAGCAGACACAAAGAUAUCAGUGAUGGCUAAUACUAGUUAGCUCAGAGCGCUUCAUUUUCCUUUUUUGCUUACCUUUUAUUUUACACACCAGUGAACAAAAAGUUGGAAAACAGAGAAAAGCUCCACAAACUGUUGUGACUGAUUAGCAUCAGCAUGUUCCCAGGUGACUAGCAGCUUAGCGGAGAUAUUUACAGAUAAUGUAAUUCAUCAACUAGCCCAGUGCUCUUUGAGUCAUCAAAUUACUGUCUCAUGUUGAGAGAAGGGUUAUCUGAAAAUACAUCUGGUCAAGGAAACCCUAAAAGAUUAUGGCUGUGUGAUUUUUCUUUUCCAAAAAAAAGGGAAAACUCCAACUUGUUCUACUAAUCAAUGUGAAAUGAAACACAGCGUUUACAUUAAUAAUACUGGAGAGGGAGGGAGGGCCUGUUUCCCUUCCACACCCCAAAUAAUUUUGGUACAGUCCCCAACCAGAGAUGCAACUCAGUGACGGCCGACAUCCAUGUCAUGAAGCUGGGUGGGAUUGUUUAAAAAUCCACAUUAUGCAAAAAAUAAAAUAAAAUGAAAGAAGAAUUCAUAAUGAUUAUCAUUAUAUUGAAAUGAAGUGAAGCUGUUUUUAAUGUACAGUAUUAAAAAGGCCUAAAAGCUGUGUGGUGCUAUAUUGUUCUUAACUUCCUGUGUCUCAUUGUGUUCGAAACCCCACAUCAGGAAAUUGCACUCGACUCCCUUAAUCAAUCACUACAAAAUAAAAAAAAAUUAAGAAAGAAGAAAAGAGGGGAAAAGCCUCGAACACACUUCCUGUCAGUGUUAUUGUUGUAAUUUUUUGUCUCAUUUUACUGUGACGUUUUUUUGUUUUGUUUUGUUUUUUUGAUGCUGUUUUAUUAUUUUUGCCAACUAACCACACGACUUUGGGCCUCCUUAUUUUUUGUUUUGUUGUUUCUUUAUGUUUAUGUGAAGGAACAUUUAAACCUGUGUGAUUUUGAAAAUGUCGAUGUGAGUCUUAAAAAGGAGAGGAGGGAGCAUAAUAUGAAAGGGCUCCGUUUUAAAAAGAUAAAAAUGAAAAAGGACAGAGCCUUUUUUUGUGUGUUCAUUUUUUUCUCCAGAGAAAGCCUUAUAUGCAAACCUUUUCACCUGUUCUGCAAAGUGCCAUCCCUGUACAGUGUACAUCACCUGUGUCCUCUGCUCUGCUUCACUACUCACAGUGAAUAUUUGUUUUUGAUUCGUCAGUAUUAGCUUAGAUAGACGGCAGAUAGUUUACAUAUGUUUGUGCAAUUUUCUGUAUCUUUUUGUUCCAUGACAGUAUUUUUGUCAGUAUUAUUUUUUUGUUUUUGUUGUUUUCCAACACAAAUUUAAUUUUUCAUUUUUAUUUGAGAAUUUACCAUUUUAUUUAUGUGACUCAUUUUAUAUUUCCUAAUUUUAUUUAUUUCAUACUGUAGUGUACAGUAUUAGAGUUCCUCACAAAUAGAUAUAUUUUAGUAAAAAUGAUUCUGUCAUUGACUAUUGGAGCAAAACUAUGAAUAGAGAGCAUUUAUGGUAUUUGGAAAAAUUCACUUGUUUUGUUUUUGUUUUUGUUUUGUUUCCUUUAAAACUACUGGAAAUUCUAAAUUUGGGGAACUUUUGAUACGAUGAUUAUUGUGAAAACACUGUAUUUUUGAGAGUAAUAAAAUCCACUUUAUUCAUCCCAUUGAAAAGGUGACAAAAGACUGAUGAUGAUCAUGAUAAUGAUGAAGGAAUUCCUAAAAUGUCUGAAGUAUUAUUAUUGAAUUUUUAAUUUCUCUUGGAGACAACCAUGCUUGAAUAAAUGUAGCCAAAUUAAAUUUUAAUAAAACUGUGUUAUUCUUCUUGUAA